UAAUUGCAUCGCAACGUUUAAGUUCAAGGCAAUGUUUGUUUUCGUUUGUCAUUUCCAUGCGCCUAAGCCGGCAUUUUUCGCGCUUACGCUGAACCAACUGUUUCUUCGCAGCCACUUUGCUCUUCUAAUGAUUCACACCAAUCGAGCGUGCCCCCAGCGAGAGACACUGCACAUGUGUGUUUGUGACUGAUCGUUGAAAAGCCGGCCGGCCAUAACUCAAUCUUAACUGGUCCGGACAGAUUGCUGUCAUGUGACCCCUUUUGAGGAGAUAUGUCUUCCGGAUACCAGCGAAUACUCGUCAACCUGCACAUUCUGGCCCUACUCUUUUGUGUAAUUUUUGAGUUUCAACCCAGAGAACCCGAAUCUCUCACCGAACUUCUGGUCAACCAGUGCGAGUUCGACACCCAGCACCUCUGUCCAGAAUGCUUUGCCAGCUCCGCGGUCAACUGUGGUCACUUGGCGAACCUCGUCACCAUCGACCCCAGCAAUCCGUGGAACCAGCUAACCUGUAGGUAUAACCCACAUGGAGUCAGCUACGGUCUGCUGAGUAGUGGGAAGAAGGCGGUAAUCAAGAAACUCUACAAAAAUCGAGCCAUUGAAGCAUUGCGGGAUGCCGUUUGUGACGAGCUUGGAAUAAGUCACUCUAAUUGUAAAUUCAAAAGUGAUGAAAAUAUUCUUAAAGUUCUUCGGCGAAAAGUGCUCGCGCAAGAGUUGGAAGGGUGCAUAAUUUGUCCCUCCAAAGAUGAGAAAGCUUUAAAUCGUAUCUUGGAUUGGUUUAAGGGUACAGAGCUGUUGAAACUGAUAUUGCUGCAGGUUAACGUGCAGCCGUUGCUGCUAGAGCUAUUCGAUGGUCAUGGUUUUCCCGUUCCAACAGUGAUUUUCCAAGGAGGGUUCCAGCUAUUGGAGAGCUUCGAUGGGAAUGCGCUCGUCAAUUUCUACGACAGUUUGCUGAACACAAGACUGAGAAUAGCCAAAGAGUUGAUUCAAGCUAGUUUUCGAUUUACAGAAGGAAUCAAUGGAUUUAGGUUCUACCUCACCGACAUCAACCCAGACAACAUAGCCGUCCAGGCGCAGCCCAGCGGAUCCUUCCAAGUGUCCUUCAUCGAUCUCGACAAUGUGAUAAUACUCGAUAGCCAAAGCAACCAACUUGAUAGCCGAUCCAAAGCUCGACACAUCCACUCGCGAAUCGACUGCGAUGGAUGCUUCGCCUACGUUCAGGAAGAUCUCUGCUCGUACCAGCGCAGUGAUAUUAACCAGUUCGCCAUUUGCCAGCUGUUGUACGAAAACUUGAACGGCGAUAGAGAGGGAGGCUUCCUUCACAUUCAACCGAAUGAUGAUUCGCAGCCCGGACUGAGCGAGAUUCGACGGCAUUUGCACCAUUGCGUGUACUGCGUUCCACCGGACUGUCGGGACCGCCAAGGGCUUCUUCAACAGGUCCGGGAGAUUAUCAACGCCAUUUUAGUUGAAUCCUAG